GGAGGCUCCUGAGCUCACAAAUGAGCUCAUAAAUGAGGAGCAAACACUGUGGUUGUUGCUCAUCUCCAGGUGAGCAGGUUUGAUGGCUGGAGCUCUGCUGGGCACAUCCUGGGGCCUGGCAAGUUGGGGACUGCACAUCCUGGCCUGUGACAGUGUUCACAGCGGUCUUAUGUUGAGGGAAGAGAGGGAGAUCUGAUUCCAUGUUUCAGAAGGCUUGAUUUAUUAUUUUAUGACAUAUAUUACAUUAAAACUAUACUAAAGGAAUAGAAGGAAAAGUUUCAUCAGAAAACUAGCUAAGCUAAGAAUAGAAAGAAUGAUAACAAAAGUUUGUGGCUCGGACAGAGAGCCCGAGCCAGCUGACUGUGAUUGGCCAUUAAUUACAAACAACUCUAUGAGACCAAUCCCAGAUGCACCUGUUGCAUUCCACAGCAGCAGAUAAUCAUUGUUUACAUUUUGUUCCUGAGGCCUCUCAGCUUCUCAGGAGGAAAAAUCCUAAGCAAAUGAUUUUUCAUGAAAAAUGUCUGCGACUCUGGCCUGUACAUCUGGGAGCUUCUCAACAGUUUGGGAAUCCUGACUGUGGCUGGGUUUUCUCUGUAGGGGAUUUGCUGGCUAUCAGGAAUUCAGAAAGGUUGAAGAUUAAAACUUUCUCUGCUAGGACUGUGAGAUGAGCCAUGAAGCCGUUUGUGAACCCCACACACAGUUUCAGCAGGGAGCAGCAGCCUGUCAGAACAGAUGAGCAGUUGCCAACUGGGUUGCUGGAUCCUGCUAUGCCUUUUGUGCCCAUAUAGGGCAUAGAUAUAGAAUAUCUGAAAGAGGAAAAGGUCCCUUCCACCCUGAGAGAGAUGCCAGCCCUGCUCACUGCUUGCUGGUGGGCAGUGGGAGGAGUAGUCAUCUGAUUUCCCCAUAUGGAAUGAUGACACCGCAGGUUCCAGGAUCCUUGUUCCAUCUUUGUCAGCCCAUGUGUCAUUGUUUCUCUUUUUUUUUUUUUUUUUCACCUAUGUGUCAUUAAAAUAAGCCUUCUCUGCAAUAAGGGUGAGACCAGAAAAAGUGUGAAGCCCGAGCAGUGCUGUGCAUCCUGGCACUGUUCUGUAGUGCUGUUGUUAUUCCCCAGGCUUCACUCACCAGAUUUUGCACACUUCAGGGAUUGCUGAUCUGAAUUGCCUUAAAACAUCCUGGGUUUUGAGUCCUGGUUCUCUGGUGCUGCCUUGGUUUCCUACCCUGCCUCUCCCCACAGCCACAUCGGGAUCCUCUCUCAGAGCAGCAAGGCACUGGAACAUGGAGAGUCCUUGGGCAAGUCUGGGGCACCUCACUGCCACUGGGAUGAGAGCCCGUGUUUACUGUGAAGACUUUCUGUUCCCAAAGGUGCACAGAACUAUGGCAGAGCUGUGGGGGAUUUACUCCAAACCUGUCCCAGCAGACAGCAGAGAGCUAUGCACCUUGUUCCUGCAGUGCUCCUGCAUUACAGCAGUGAUAGGAGGCCUCUUCUACAACUGGAUGUUUGCUUCCCUGGAGUACUCCUGGCACCUCUCCGUUGCCAUAGCCAUCUCCUUCAGCCUGCUGCUUCUCCUGACUCUCUUUCUGGUGCAUCCUGCCCGUUGUGUCUUCACCAUGAUCAUGCCCACCUUAGGCACCAAGCAGGGCCGGAAGCUUCUCUUCUCCACCUGCAUCAUGAUUGCGGUGGUGAACAUAACACCCAACAUCAUAAGCAACAUUAAAACCAUACUGCAGGUCAUCCAGUGCAUCUGCAAGAACUCCUCUGACAGCCUUCUGAAUUCAACUGCCCUGCUGCAGAAAGUUUCCUGGGAGUUUGCAGAUGCAGUCCAAGAAGCCACUCAUCCCAUUUAUAAGCCUAUGAAUGGACAUGUUCACUUUUCAUUGUUGCAGAACAGCUCCUUGAUUUACCAAAAAAUGCACCUUGCUGGUGAAAAAAUUAGCAGAGAGUUCUUUUCUGUUGAGGUACUGGUCAAAGACUCAGUACGAGCAGCCAACAGAGUGGCUGCUGGAUUCCUCAUGCUCUAUCUCUGCUUUGAGUCCACCUGGUAUUUGAAAAAUUAUCUCACCAACCUCCGCUUUGACAAUUUUUACAUCACCAAGAAGCUGGAACGUUUAGCCAUGGACAGAAGAGCAGCUCAUCUCCUGGUGGGCUCAUCCAAAAAACUCAUCAGACCAACAGGCUUGAAGCUGACCAGGGAGGAAGCGGUGCUGUGCCUCGUGCAGGCCAUGCUGGUCACCGUGGCCCUGAUGCUGAUGCUGGUGCUGGUGGCCAUGGACCACUUUGCCUUCAGCGUGGCAGACACGGCGGUGAGAAAGGCAGCGCAGUUCUCUGCAGUGCCUGUCACUCUCAGCAUCAAAUACAAGGCUGAAAUGAGAAUCGUCCCCUUUCUAUACAAACUUUUCUGGCGUCCUCCUGAGGCCUUGCUGCUCAGGGACUUCGACAAGACCUACCACCACCAGCUGAUCUUCAGCUCUGCCCAGUGCAGGAUCAGCCCCCCCGGGCCCCCCAGCCCCUCAGUGCUGCUGGUUGUGGGGCUGCUCUUCUGCAUCCUCUACGGCUCCGCGCUGCUGGAGCCCCUGGCGCGCCGCCUGUGCCGCGCCAUCGCCGCCUCCUUCUUCCAGGGCCGCGAGGACGAGCGAGUGCUGCACCUCUACGGGAAACUGGCCAGGAGGCACAGCAGGGAGCAAAGCCCUGCCAAGGGUGCCUGGGGAAGCCAGGGGGAUGGCUGCGUGGCUGGUACCACAGCACAGGCUUCGGCCGCGGGAUCGCGCGUGUUGUUUUCCAGAGUUUGGGAAGUGUUCGGAGCUUGGGAAAAAAUACUAAAAAAAAACCAACAAAGCCUUAAAAAAUCCCAACCCUAAAAUAGAAAAAAAAAAACCCGUUGAAAUGUUAUAUUUUUGCAUUAAUUUGAGAAAAAUGGGCUACAUUUCCAUUUUAAUGUCUAUAAGAAGGUCUGGAAUCAGCUGUUGCAUAUCUGCAGCACUAGGCAAGGCUAACUGAGAAAUAGAUGGGAGUUGGAGUCAGGAAGGAGCUCAUUUACCUUCUCCACCACAUCUGUGCUGGAAGAAGUACAUACUUCCUUUCUUUCAUAAGUUAUACCUUCAGGCAACAAAAAUUGAAAGUCAUCUGACUUGAUACAUUUAAUUUUCAAUGAGUUUUUCUUUCAGGUUUUGUGCACAGAAGCCUGGGUAUACCAGAUAGAUUUAGUAGUUUAUUCACCAAAGAAAGUGUCAUUCCAACCUGCUGAAGUAAAUUCAAGAUCAAUAUGACCAUGAGAGGCACACCCUGGGCAUGGGUGGUGGAAAUCAGCAUAUGAGGGUUUUACAAAAUCUCUUCAAAAUGGCUGUUCAAAAUAAAGUAGUGAUAAAAUAGCUGCAGGACCUCAGAAGAGAAUGAGAACAGUCAAUAAAGGUCAAUGGGUGUUGAGCUCUUUUCCCAAGUAAGAAGUGAUAGGAUGAGAGGAAACAGCCUCAAGUUGUGUCAGGAGAGGUUUAGAUUUUAUAUUAGGAAAAAAAUUCUUCAAGGUUUACCAAGCACUGGCACAGGCUGCCCAGAGCAGUGGUAGGGUCACCAUCCCUGGAGGGAUUGAAAUGACACAAAGAUGUGGAACUGGGGACAUGUAUUAAUGGUCCCUUGGCAGUGGGUUAAUGGUUGGAUUCCAUGGUUUUAAAUGUUGGGCUGU